ACCAGCAGCCCGGCCCGGGAGGAGCAGGACGCGCCGGGGCCGCCUCCUCCCGCACGGACCCAUGAACCAGCCGGGCGGCGCGGCGGCUCCGCAGGCUGACGGAGCCAGUGCAGCUGGAAGGAAAAGCACCGCGAGCAGGGAGCGCUUGAAGCGCAGCCAGAAGAGCACCAAGGUGGAGGGGCCAGAGCCCGCGCCGGCCGAGGCCUCGCUGAGUGCCGAGCAGGGAACGAUGACGGAGGUGAAGGUGAAGACGGAGCUACCUGAUGACUACAUCCAGGAGGUGAUCUGGCAGGGGGAGGCCAAGGAGGAGAAGAAGGCGGUCAGCAAGGACGGGACAGGUGAUGUGCCCGCUGAGAUCUGCGUGGUGAUCGGUGGUGUCCGCAACCAGCAGACCCUUGAUGGAAAAGCGCCUGAGGGCAGCCCCCACGGUGGAUCUGUGCGAAGUCGCUAUUCAGGGACCUGGAUUUUUGACCAAGCGUUGAGAUAUGCAUCUGGAUCCUAUGAGUGUGGAAUCUGUGGCAAGAAGUACAAGUAUUACAACUGUUUCCAGACCCACGUACGGGCACACCGAGACACCGAAGCCACCUCAGGGGAGGGAGCCUCCCAAGGCAAUAAUUUCAGGUACACGUGUGACAUCUGUGGGAAAAAGUAUAAGUACUACAGCUGUUUCCAGGAGCACCGGGACCUGCACGCCGUGGAUGUGUUUAGUGUGGAAGGGGCCCCCGAGAAUCGGGCAGACCCCUUCGACCAAGGUGUUGUGGCCACUGACGAGGUGAAGGAGGAGCCCCCGGAACCAUUCCAGAAAAUUGGGCCAAAAACUGGCAAUUACACCUGUGAAUUCUGCGGAAAGCAGUACAAGUACUACACGCCCUACCAGGAGCACGUGGCCUUACACGCCCCCAUCAGUACUGCCCCCGGGUGGGAGCCACCGGACGAUCCAGACACGGGCUCUGAGUGUUCGCAUCCGGAGGUCUCCCCGUCUCCACGCUUCGUGGCAGCGAAGACCCAGACGAACCAGUCGGGGAAAAAGGCUCCGGCCUCCGUGGUCCGAUGCGCCACCCUCUUACACCGCACCCCUCCAGCCACCCAAACCCAGACGUUCCGCACUCCAAACUCGGGAUCUCCGGCAAGCAAGGCGACCGCAGCAGAAAGCGCUUUCAGUCGGAGAGUAGAAGGCAAAGCACAAAACCACUUUGAGGAGACAAAUAGCAGUUCCCAAAACUCCAGCGAACCGUACACCUGCGGCGCCUGUGGGAUCCAGUUCCAGUUCUACAACAAUCUGCUGGAGCACAUGCAGUCCCACGCAGCGGACAACGAGAACAACAUCGCCUCCAACCAGUCCCGAUCGCCGCCUGCUGUUGUAGAAGAGAAGUGGAAACCCCAGGCCCAGAGGAACAGCGCCAACAACACCAUGACCAGCGGUUUAACGCCCAACAGCAUGAUCCCCGAGAAGGAGCGGCAGAAUAUCGCAGAGCGGCUGCUGAGGGUCAUGUGCGCCGACCUGGGCGCUCUGAGCGUGGUGAGUGGGAAGGAGUUCCUGAAACUGGCCCAGACGCUGGUGGACAGCGGCGCCCGCUACGGGGCCUUCUCCGUCACGGAGAUCCUGGGCAACUUCAACACGCUGGCCCUGAAGCACCUGCCGCGCAUGUACAACCAGGUGAAGGUGAAGGUGACGUGUGCCUUGGGCAGCAACGCCUGUCUGGGCAUCGGUGUUACCUGCCACUCGCAGAGCGUCGGCCCCGACUCAUGCUACAUCCUCACGGCCUACCAAGCCGAGGGCAACCACAUCAAGAGCUACGUGCUGGGCGUGAAGGGCGCGGACAUCCGCGACAGUGGCGACCUGGUGCACCACUGGGUGCAGAACGUGCUGUCGGAGUUUGUGAUGUCGGAGAUCAGGACAGUGUACGUGACAGACUGCCGGGUGAGCGCGUCCGCCUUCUCCAAGGCCGGCAUGUGCCUUCGCUGCUCAGCCUGUGCCUUGAACUCGGUGGUGCAGAGCGUGCUGAGCAAGCGGACGCUGCAGGCCCGCAGCAUGCACGAGGUCAUCGAGCUGCUCAACGUGUGCGAGGACCUGGCGGGCUCCACGGGCCUGGCCAAGGAAACCUUCGGCUCGCUGGAGGAGACCUCGCCGCCGCCCUGCUGGAACUCGGUCACGGACUCGCUGCUGCUGGUGCAUGAGCGGUACGAGCAGAUCUGCGAGUUCUACAGCCGCGCCAAGAAGAUGAACCUCAUCCAGAGCCUCAACAAGCACCUGCUCAGCAACCUGGCGGCCAUCCUGACGCCAGUCAAGCAGGCGGUCAUCGAGCUGAGCAAUGAGAGUCAGCCCACCCUGCAGCUGGUGCUGCCCACCUACGUCAGGCUGGAGAAGCUGUUCACGGCCAAGGCCAACGACGCGGGCACCGUCAGCAAGCUGUGCCACCUUUUCCUGGAGGCCCUCAAGGAGAACUUCAAGGUGCACCCGGCGCAUAAGGUGGCCAUGAUCCUGGACCCGCAGCAGAAGCUGCGGCCCGUGCCGCCCUACCAGCACGAGGAGAUCAUCGGCAAGGUGUGCGAGCUCAUCAACGAGGUGAAGGAGUCCUGGACUGAGGAGGCCGACUUCGAGCCCGCCGCCAAGAAGCCCCGCUCUGCCACGGGCGAGCACCCCGCAGCUCAGGAAGACGAUCGGCUUGGGAAGAACGAGGUGUACGAUUACCUGCAGGAGCCCCUCUUCCAGGCCACCCCUGAUCUCUUCCAGUACUGGUCGUGCGUUACCCAAAAGCACACGAAACUCGCCAAGCUGGCCUUCUGGCUGCUCGCGGUUCCGGCCGUGGGGGCCAGGAGCGGGUGUGUAAAUAUGUGUGAGCAAGCCCUUCUAAUCAAAAGGAGGCGGCUGCUCAGUCCAGAAGAUAUGAACAAACUCAUGUUUCUGAAAUCCAACAUGCUUUAAGACUUCAGAACGGUAAGAAGGAAGAAAAGAAAAAGAGAAGAGAAACAUU